AUGUCCAGAGCUAUUUCAAGCAAUACUGUAGCGAACAAUAUCGUGCUGCUUUGGAGCCUCUCUGCUUUCUUUUACUUCCGGGCGUGGAAGGCAGAGGCCAAGGCGGCAGCUGAUGCCAGGAAGCAGAAGGAGCCGGAAGAUGCCUGCUGGCGGGACGAGGACAAACAUGCCAUGAGGAAGGAACAGCACAAGUGUUACAGGGAGGAGAAGGAGAAGGGGCACCUGGAGCAGCUAGAGCCCAAGACGGAGACGCAGCGGCUGCUGGAGGAGGAUGACUCAAAGCUCGAGGGUGGCAAGGCCCCAGGGGCGGGCAAGGGCAAGGUCACCCAUGCCCUGAUUGAAGAGACGCUGCACCGCGACUUCCAGCACCAGAAGGCCCCAGAGCCAGCCCAGAAGGCCCAGAGCCACCUGGAGGUGCCUGAGGAGAAUGUGAACUGUCCAGUGCUGGAGGAGGGCAGUGUGGAGGCGCGCACCGUGGAGAAUGCCAUCGCAGAGCUCAGCAUGGCUGAGGAGGCAACUGAUCGGCACCCGGAGCAGAUCAUGCGAGCAGCCUUCACGGCCUUCUAGGAGGUGCAGCUGCCGCGGCUCAAGCUAGAAAACCCCAACAUGCGGCUGUCGCAGCUGAAGCAGCUGCUCAAGAAGGAAUGGAUGCACUCGCCUGACAACCCCAUGAACCAGUGGGUCGUGCCCUUCAAUGCCCCAAAGUGAGGCACCCACCCCCGGACUCAGAGCUGCCUGGAGCUGGCAAUACUCUGAGGCACCUCUGGGUGGACUCAGACCUCCGUCCUUUCUGUCAAUGGCCAAGCUUGUUAACAGUUUGCACCACUCAAGAACAGUAUCUCCAUCCUGCGGCACUAGUGGUGUAUGUUCAUGACCCUUUUAGAGCACAGUUCUACUCUGACAUACAUGAGUCACCAUGGGUUAGAAUCAACUCGAUGGCAACUAUUUUUUUCAAUACCGGAGAAAAAUUUGCAAGUCAAAAGUAAGAGUGCAUGCAAUCCCCGGAAUCAAAUUAUCCCACAGCUUAGGCCAGGCAUAGAUGGUCAGCAUGUGCUGUGGCCAACAUUUCAAUAGGAAGGGACCCCCAACCCCUUAAUGUUUUACAUAUUUACAGUGAUGGGGUAGGAGAAAAGCAGAGAACCUCUAUGGUGCUAAGGGAAUCUCCCUGAUCAGACAAUGUCCUUGCUAGAAAAAGGGAGCCCCCAGAAUCCAGUAGCUGGUAUCUGCCUAUUUGAUUGAGUUAAUUCAGGUUUGCUGUCAGUUCUCUGCUCAACAACCAAAACGAAGGAGUAAAUGAGCCUCCAGGACCAUAGGAUAGGUCUCCCUUCAAAUGUUUUGGAGAUGUGCUUUGACCCACGA